UAGUGUACACGCAGACACAAGCUUCCGGCAUCGACGCGCAUGCGCACUAACCGUCUUUACUACUGAACUGAACUGUUGCUCGGUAACUACCGGGAAUUAGAGGCUUUUCUCGGCCAAAUUUCAACUAUCAUCACUCACCACCAGAAGAAUUAAAGUGCCAUAUUUAUGUGUUCACCGAGAGGAUUUCAAUUCUUGGACUGUUGAAUCCAUUAAUCUCAGAGGAUGCCUCUAUUAUUGACGCAUCCGCAGCAGAUGUAGCCGAACGGACAUGCCACGUCUCCUCAGCACACCUGCACAUGUGUGAGAGCCCCUGAUGAUGAUGAUGAUGACUUGAAACAUGACGUCAUGGAGGAAUACACCUGUAUAGAGAAGAAGCUGCCAGUAAAGGUUUGAUUCGUCCACUUCACCUGUUCAUCCACUCCAGCGAUGGGAAGGAUUAGCAUUUCCUGUCUGUUUCCAGCGUCCUGGCACUUCAGCCUGUCUCCGGUGGUGCUGCCCCGGUUCCUGCUGCCCUCCUUCAGGCAGUUGCUGCUGCUGGGUCUGCUGGCUGGUGUGAUGGGGCUGCUGUACCUGCUGCUGCUCACGGGGAAAGGCCAGUACAGCUGGAUGAGAGAGGACAGGCACCUCCACACACGUUUGGGUCGGGUGCCGGACAUGGAGGCCACGGACACCAAUAACCCCAACCUGAAUUACGGGCUGGUGGUGGACUGUGGAAGUAGUGGCUCCCGCGUGUUCGUAUACACAUGGCCCCGGCACAACGGCAACCUGCACGAGCUCCUAGACAUCAAGCAGAUGCGAGACAAGCACAGGAAGCCUGUAGUGAUGAAGAUCAAGCCAGGUAUCUCAGAGUAUGCAUCCACUCCAGACAAGGCCAGCGACUACAUCAGCCCUCUGCUGAGCUUUGCUGCUCAGCACAUCCCUAAAAACAAGCACCAGGAAACGCCUCUCUACAUCCUCUGCACUGCGGGAAUGAGAGUCCUGCCUGAAAGCCAGCAGGAGGCCCUGCUGGAGGAUUUGCGGACUGACAUUCCUGUGAAUUUCAACUUCCUGUUCUCCGACUCCCAUGUGGAAGUUAUCUCAGGCAAACAGGAAGGAGUAUAUGCAUGGAUAGGUAUCAACUUUGUUCUGGGCCGAUUCAAUCAUGUUGAGGAUGAACAUGAGGCAGUGGUGGAGGUGCAGGUUCCUGGCAGUGACCAGCAGGAGACGCUGGUGCGCAAGCGUACGGCUGGCGUAUUGGACAUGGGCGGCGUCUCCACUCAGAUCGCAUACGAAGUGCCCAAAACUGUAAGCUUUGCUUCUCCACAACAGUACAAGGCCAUGGAAGAGAUAGCCAAGAAUUUGCUGGCGGAGUUUAACCUGGGCUGCGACGCUCACAGAACGGAACACGUGUACCGUGUUUAUGUUUCAACAUUUUUGGGUUUCGGAGGAAAUGCGGCCCGUCAGAGAUAUGAGGAAAACCUCAUCAGCACCACACAAAUCCAAAACAAGCUCCUGGGUCAGCAUCAAGGAGAGAGCGCAGACUCGCCCAUCCUCGACCCCUGCCUCCCAGCUGACCUCCAGGAUGAGGUGGGUCCCCAGGACCAGAGAGUGCACCUGCGCGGCACUGGAGACUUCGACCGCUGCCGUCUGCUGCUCCAGCCGUUCCUCAACCGCACCAAUGACACCAACACCUCGCUAAACGGAGUCUACCAGCCGCCCAUCGACUUCCCGAAUAGCCAGUUCUACGGCUUCUCUGAGUUUUACUACUGUACUGAAGAUGUUCUGCGCAUGGGAGGAGACUACAACUCCACCAAAUAUUCCAAUGCUGCUAAGAGUUACUGUGCCACCCAGUGGAAAACUUUGAAAGAGCGCUUCGAUCGAGGUCUUUACGCCUCACAUGCUGACCAGCAUCGAUUGAAGUAUCAGUGCUUCAAGUCUGCGUGGAUGUAUGAGGUGCUCCACUCAGGUUUCGCGUUUCCAGCGGCGUACGAGAAUCUCAGGACGGCCCUGCUGGUGUAUGACAAAGAAGUGCAGUGGACACUAGGAGCCAUUUUGUACCGCACACGUUUUCUACCUCUAAGGGACAUCCAGCAGGAGAGUCUGAAGGGCUCUCACUCUCGCUGGCAUCACAGCUUCUCCUUCAUGAAUAACCACUAUCUCUUCCUGGCCUGUUUUUUGGUGGUGGUUUUGUCCAUCCUCCUUUACCUGCUUCGUCUGAGACGCAUUCACAGCCGCUCCACACUCCACCGCGGUGCCUCCGCUUCCGUCCAGUGGCUGGAAGAGGGCCUGGGUUCACCAGACCUCCCUGUUACCCUAUAGGGCCUGGAGCCUGUCAGUCAAACAACUGGCCAAUCACUGGAGGAGAGCCUUCUUGACACACCUCUCCAAUGAAGGCGCUUUGCUUUUUUAAAAUGAGUCCCACUCCUACAAUCGUCAUGUCGGCCCUCUACUGGCCAGUUUUGCAUUUUCCUAAAAUUCUGUAUGACGUUUUCAGCCAAGAGCAGUGAACGUUCACUGUAAUGUGAAGACUGCAGCUCCAGUUUUUGCCCAGACUGGACCGUAUGACUGCCUCUGAUCAGCUGUGAUGUUUCGUUGUUUAUUUAUUGUGAGGAACGCUGAGGCUGCCUUUGGAUUUUCAAUGUCACUAUCAAUGUGAAAGAGGUCAGGAGGAUUGAGUAUGGUUUAUAUACUGUAUGUGUCCCCAAUCUGGAUUUAUAUACAUCACAGUUUAGACGAGGUUCUGCCGGCUGCUGCCUCAACUCAAGACUACACAUAAUUGAACAUUUAUUAAAUGACUUGGUUGUGCCAAAGAGAAACAGAUUGAGAUCCAUUUUAAAGGAUGAAUGUGAAAUGUUUUUAACACCAAAAACAUUAUUUUUUGUCUGUUCAAAACUCUUUUUCUUGGGGUUUUUAGACACUGAAGUUGGACUGCUUGGAUAUCAUGAUAGAAAGCUAAUCUGUUUUAAAAUCCCCUUAGCAUGUUAAAAAAAAGCAGGCACAUUUAGAAAGUUCUAAUAGGAUUCAGAAGUUUUGGUCACCUUUUUUCUACCUAAACACUUUUCCAUGAAAUGUAAACAACAUUAAAUAUCCAUCUGUCUUAUUUUAAAAAGCACUAUGUACAUUCUGAAGGAAUGUUGAGGGAGACAGAGAAAUAACUUCUGAUUUUUUUUCAUUCAAGGUUGUGCAAGAUGGUUCAGUGGUAAAUAUUACAGUGUUACAGUGUCAGAAUUACUGCUUUAUCAUGGGAAAUGCUUAUUGCUUGUCUGUGAGUGUAUAUGAUUGUGAGCAUGUGUAUGAAUGCGCACCUUGAUUUUUUUUUUUAUUUUUAUUUUUUUUUAAGCCAUCACCCAUCAGACUUCUAUGGAAGCUUGUUUCCACCACAGAAUAAAAAAAAAGAUACUUUCGACUUUUUAAUCUCACAGUUCUAUUUUUCUUGCAAUUGUGAGUUUAUAUCUCGCAAUUUUUACUUUUCUCAGAAUUGUGAGAUAUAAACUCACAAUUGCAAGUUAUAAAGUCCUGAAGUAUAAAAUUCUGAAGUAAAAAGGCUGACUUUGUCUCGCAAUUCUGACUUUAAAGCGCGCAAUUGCAACUUUACAUCAUGCAAUUCUGAGGGAAAAAGUCUGAAUUGUGAGAUGUAAACUCGCAAUUACAAGUUAUAAAUUCCAAUUCUGAAGUAAAGACCGACUUUUUUUCUCAGAAUUUCAGAUUUAUAUCUCACAAUUCAUACUUCAUAACACUCGAUUGCGGUUUUAUAUCAUGCAAUUGCGAGAAAAAGUCAGUUGUAAGACGUAAAUUCGCAGCUGUGAGAAAAAAGUCAGAAUCGUGAGAUGUAAACUCGCAAUUGCGUGAAAAAAGUCUGAAUCGUGAGAUGUAAACUCGCAAUUGCGUGAAAAAAGUCUGAAUCGUGAGAUGUAAACUCGCAAUUGCGUGAAAAAAGUCUGAAUCGUGAGAUGUAAACGCGCAAUUGCGUGAAAAAAGUCUGAAUCGUGAGAUGUAAACUCGCAAUUGCGUGAAAAAAGUCUGAAUCGUGAGAUGUAAACGCGUAAUUGCGUGAAAAAAGUCUGAAUCGUGAGAUGUAAACUCGCAAUUGCGUGAAAAGUCUGAAUCGUGAGAUGUAAACUCGCAAUUGCGUGAAAAAAGUCUGAAUCGUGAGAUGUAAACUCGCAAUUGCGUGAAAAAAGUCUGAAUCGUGAGAUGUAAACGCGCAAUUGCGAGAAAAAAGUCUGAAUCGUGAGAUGUAAACGCGCAAUUGCGAGAAAAAAGUCUGAAUCGUGAGAUGUAAACGCGCAAUUGCGUGAAAAGUCUGAAUCGUGAGAUGUAAACUCGCAAUUGCGAGAAAAAAGUCUGAAUCGUGAGAUGUAAACGCGCAAUUGCGUGAAAAAAGUCUGAAUCGUGAGAUGUAAACGCGCAAUUGCGAGAAAAAAUUCUGAAUCGUGAGAUGUAAACUCGCAAUUGCGAGAAAAAAAGUCUGAAUCGUGAGAUGUAAACUCGCAAUUGCGUGACAAAAAGUCUGAAUCAUGAGAUGUAAACUCGCAAUUGCAAGUUAUAAAGUCCAAUUCUGAAGUAAAAAGGCUGACUUUUUUUCUCAGAAUUGCAAAAUUAUGUUUCGCAAUUCAUACUGAGAAUUGUAAGAUGUAAAUUUGCAAUUGCGGGAAAAAGUCAGAAUUGUGAGAUGAAGAAGUCACAAUUACCUUUUUUAUUUUUAUUUUUUCAGUGGCGGAAACAAGCUACCAUAGACUUCACAUGGGGGUGAAGCUAGAUAAUAUUUAAACAUAUAGAGCUCUAUCAUGAGAAUCAGUGCAAUAUAUUUCACGUUUUCUUGUCUUAGGAUUUAGAUCACAUUUCAGCAUACAAUUUAUAGAAAGGGUUCACCCAAAAAUACAUUGUCACGUUCUCAUCCUCAUGUUCCUCCAAAACCAUGUGACCACCUUCUGGUGGCAACAGAAAUAAAUUCUCACACUUUUGCACACAAUGACAAUGAAUUGGCUUUAAAAUUUAAAAUGGAUGAUCAUUGGACUUUACUCAAAGUAUGAAGUGUUCCUUAAGUCAAACAAUUGUUUUGUGUGAGAAACACUAAAAUUCAAUUUGUUUCGGUCUGUUUCUCACAUGAGCUGUCAUAUGACUUCAGAAUAUACUAUAGAGCACGAGUCGUAUGGGCCACUUUAGAGACAUUUCUCGUUUGACAGCCACGGUCCUCUUCACUUUCAUUACAACGAAAAUAAUGACCGACAUUCACAAAUUCACCCACUGUGUUCCUUAGAGGUCCAACAGGUUUAGCACAACAUGAGGAUAAGAAUUUAUUUUUGAGUGAGCUGUCUUUUUUAAAAGAAAAUGAAUUUUGUACAAUUUUUCAAGGUACCAUUGCAAGGCUUUUGUGGUCUAGCUAGGAUGUAUUUAUGACAUGAUUCCAAUGACAAAACUUCCAUCUAAAUGCCAUUUGGGAAUUGUUUGAACGAUAUACAGUGUCCUGAAUGAAUGUGUAGGUCCAUUCAUUUCAGUGCAAAUUCUCCCUUUUCUUUGGCCUCUGUUGUCCAUGACUUGUUUUUCUUUAAGAAAUCCUCUAACAUGGACGAUGCUUCUCUUUGGACAGUCAGUCACUGCUGUAUAUUGUUGGUAUUUGUGAAAACACAAGUAUCAUAUUCACACAAGCUGUUAAAGAAGCAUCAGUUCCUUCAAUAUUGCUGUUGUCAAAGAUAAAAAGAUUAAGAAUUAAAAA